AUGUCCACUCAAGAAACUGCAAAGACUUUGUUCCUUACUGCUGAUGGGAUCGACUUCGCCUAUCGUCUCAUCGGCAAGUCGAACAGUUCUCAGCCUCCGCUCCUCAUGCUCAACCACGUCCGAUCUACCAUCGAUACCUGGGAUCCUGACUUGGUCAAUAAUCUGACUGCAACAGGUCGUCAGCUGAUCACCUACGACUACGCUGGCCUCGGUCAUAGCAGAGGACCCGUUGCGACAAGUAUCAAGGGCUUUGCAAUCAAUCUCCUCGCCUUUCUCAACGUUCUGCUCCUAAAGCUUAGUGUCAAGGAAGUUGACGUCUUGGGCUUCUCGAUGGGAGGAUAUAUCGCGCAACAACUUGUCCUUGAUUCUCCUGAUAUCAUUCGCAAAUUGGCACUCGCUGGUACGGGCCCUAGUCUUGGACCUGGCUUGGUCCGCCCCAUGAAUGAGGUCCAGUCUACUAUCUUCAGCCCCGCUCCUGGCCCAGCCACCAUCGACGCUUUCUUUCCUCUCACUACAGGAGAUGAAGGCGCCUCGUGGUUCAAUAGGAGUACUUCAUCAAGAGCUGGCGUCGCUGGGAAGAAUGGAGAACCCGAGAUCGCGCUGUUUACUACCGGAAGGCCUCUUCUCAAUCUGACUCAGGCGUACCUUUCCUGGGAUGCAGAUCCUCUUCCGUAUGCUCUUUUGCAAACCAUUCAGAAGGAUGCGCUUGUUACUUGCGGCGAUAACGAUCUUAUUGUCCCGACGCAGAAUUCUUUCGUUCUUGCGAGACAACUCUCCAGAGCCAACUUUGUCAUGUUCCCGAGCAGUGGCCACGGACACUUGUUUCAGUACGCAGGCUAUUAUGCAGGGCUUGUUGGAAGCUUUCUGGAUGGGGAUCUUCCGUCUGCUCCGUUCUCAGCUGGAGAGGUCCCUAGGUUGGAAUAG